CUGUAGGCACUAAAAACAGGAAAAGUUUUUCCUCAAGAUUAUCAGACUAGGAUGCCUUUGCUAGGAAAAUAGACCGGAAGGGCUCCAUAUUCUCUUCUCGCCACUAGGCAUAUUCGUACAAUAUAUUGGGUCCCAAUAAUAUUGGGUAUUGGGUAGAUUGGGUUAAGCCUACUUUUACAAUACAGACGCAUGCUCUAUAUCCCGAUCGGGAUACAUUUUUAUAUCCUAAUUGGGAUAUAUAGCUCGAUCGGGAUAUGCUUCCUCACUGUUUUAUGAAUGUAAAUGAUAUUAAGGUUAAAAAGUUGAAAUCCAGUGUAUUGUGGAACACAAUACUACCCAAUGUUAUUAUACAAUAUUAUUGGGUAUCCAAUAAUAAUGGAUCGGAAUAUUAUCGGAUACCCAAUGUUUUCUGGAGAGAACAACAACAAAAUCUUCCUAUCUUAGCUAAAAUUGCAAAAUCUAUAUAUGUUAUUCAAGCAUCGUCAGCUGAAUCUGAAAGACAUUUUUCAACAGGUGGACAAAUUGUCACUCAACAACGAUCACAAUUAGAUCCUGAAUGUGUUGAAUCGUUAGUAGUUUUGAAAGAAGCAUAUUUAAAUAAUAAUUGA